AUGAGGCCGUACACCGAGGUCCCUCAACAUGAUCCUGACGAUCUUGAUCUUGUUCUUCCGGACUCAACCAAGCAGACGAAUUCUCGUCUUGCCAGCUUACGGCUGUUCUGGCUGGCAGCUGUGCUUUGCUGCGGUGGUGCGUUGUUUGGAUAUGACUCCGGGGUGAUUGGAGGAGUGCUGACCUUUGAGUCCUUUGCGCGCGACUUCCGAUACAGUCCCGCAGACAAGACUCGCGUCAGCUCCAUCGCCGUCGGCAUCCAGCAGGCCGGCGCCCUGGUAGGCUGCUUCGCCGUCUGGCCCGUGACGAACCGCUGGGGCCGUCGUCUCGCCAUGAUGGCAUGCUCCGCCGUCUUCUGCGCGGGGGUCAUCCUCGAGGUCAUCAACUCGCACUCGCUGACCCUGUUCUACGCCGGCCGGGUAAUCUGCGGCCUGGGCAUCGGAGGCUCCGCCACCGUCAUCCCCAUCUACAUGGCCGAGAUGAGCCCUAAGGAGUCGCGCGCCCGCCUCGGCAGCUGCUACCAGUUCACCUACACCAUCGGCAUCCUCGUCUCGUACUGGAUCGACUAUGCCGUCAAGUUCAUGGCCCCCUCCCCAGCCCAGUGGCAGAUCCCCAUCGCCCUGCAGCUCGUCCCCGGCGCCCUCAUGGGCCUCGGCACCACCACCCUCCCCGAGAGCGUCCGCUGGCUCCUUGCCAAGGACGACCACGCCCGCGCCCACUCCAGCCUGCUCUGGAUCCGCGCCUCGUCCGCAUCCUCCCCCGCCGCCCUCUCCGCCGAAUUCACGGACAUGCGCCACGGCCUCGAGCAAGAACGCACCGCAACAGCCGAUUUCCACCCCCGCGAGCUCCUCGCCGGCCCUAAUGCGCGCCGCCUCCUCCUAGCCUUCGGCCUCUUCCUCGCCCAACAAUCCACAGGCGCCACCGCCCUCGCCUACUUCGCCCCGCAGUUCUUCUCCCUCCUCGUCGGCCCGAGCGACAGCAACAGUGAGAGUUCUACCACCCCCCUCCUCCUAACAGGCAUCUUCGGCGCCAUAAAAGUACUAUCUUGCCUUCUCUUCCUUCUCUUCCUUUCCGACCGCUUCGGCCGCCGGCCCUCCUCCUCUCCGGCGCAGCAGCCAUGUCCGCCUGCAUGCUCGCCACCGCCGCCGUCCUGA